AUGGAAAAACAAGCCGUAUUGAGAAUGUUAUUAACCUUUACGAUUCUGUGUUUCUUCUACUAUGGAGUCUACGGGACAGCUUCUACGGAGAUCGAUAUGAAACUAACGGCUCUUAAUAAGCCUGCAUUGAAGACGAUCAAAAGUGAAGAUGGAGAUAUAAUAGAUUGUGUGGAUAUCUAUAAACAACCUGCUUUUGAUCAUCCCGCCUUAAGAAAACACAAGAUUCAGAUGAAACCGAGUGUGGAACUUGUUUCAAAGAAAACUAGUAGUCCAAACAACGGUUUUUCUAAACCGGUUACAUCCCAGACUUGGUCCAAAUCUGGUCAAUGUCCGGUAGGGACAAUACCGAUUCGUAGAGAGGCCAUCUUUUUCGCGGUAGGAUCCAACUAUCUCGGUGCUCAAUCCGAUAUAAAUCUUUGGAAUCCACCAGGAGUUCAAGAGGGCGACUACAGCUCCGCGCAAAUGUGGCUGCUUGAUUCGGAAAUGACUGAGAGCAUAGAAGCUGGUUGGAUGGUGAAUCCCCUCGUUUUCGGUGACAGCCGCACACGGUUCUUUGCCUACUGGACUAAUGAUGCAUACCGUAAAACAGGUUGCAUCAACCUCUUAUGCUCAGGCUUUGUACAAACAAGUAAGCAGAUAGCCCUAGGUGCAGCCAUAGAACCUGUCUCGACAACCUCGCAUGAGCAAUAUCACAUAACCGUUAAAAUAUAUCGGGAUCCGCAAAGCGGGAAUUGGUGGCUAUCAACCCAUGACAUCGUGUUUGGAUACUGGCCAAGCGCAAUCUUUAAAAACCUACAACAGAGUGCCACCGUAGUGCAGUGGGGAGGAGAAGUCUAUAGCCCUAACGUGAGGAAGAAGCCACACACCAAAACUCCGAUGGGAAGUGGACAGUGGCCAGCUCAGCUCUAUGGCAAGGCUUGUUUCCACACCAACAUUAAGAUUGAGGACGCUUCCAUGCAGCUCAAGGAUCCUCCUCCCCUCGUCGAGUUCUCGGAUGAGGGGUACUUUUAUACUACAAAGUUCCAUCAGGAAACAGACAAGUCGGAGCCGUAUUUAUUCUUUGGAGGGCCUGGUCAGGGUCCUCUCUGUCCUUGA